AUGGACGACUACGACUCGGAAGAAGAGUACUAUUUCACCUACAUGUUACCUGAGGGAGGGGUGGACAACACGAGCGCAGUGCGGGGCAAACACGGCGGGUCUACCAAAGGCAGGAGAGCAAAUAAAGAGCGGGAUCGAGAAAUAUGGGGAGAACGUCUAAUGAGCGACUACUUUGGUGACAACCCAGUCUACGAUGAGGGUGACUUUCGCAAGUGA